AUGAAUUCUCAACAAGAAGCGGAGAGGGUUUUCAAGAACUCUCAUGAUGAUGAAAACAGCUUGACUUGUCGGCAUAGAGAAUUGGAAGCCUUUACAACGAAAUUGGAUCAAAGACAAGUCAUUAAAAUCGCAAUUGUUGGAUCUGGAGUGGCAGGAUUAUCGUUAGGAUUGGCAUUGAGAAGAUUAAAUCAAAAUCCAAAAAUUAAUUCCAAAUAUAUCAUUGAAGAAUGUAUUUAUGAAAAAGAUCCUUCCUUUGAUUCACGAGCUCAAGGAUAUGCCUUGACCAUUCAAGGAAAUGGUUUAACCGUUUUGGAAAAAUUACGACUUGAUGACAAGAUGAAACAACGAGCAGAGUGUAUGAUCAAAUCAAACAAAACAUAUUCCAUGACUUUAGAGAAUGGAAUGCAACUCAUGUCAGGAAUUGUAAAGAAAAUUCGAAAAGAUAUGAAUUUUCCUCUUCCUAGACAAGAAGUAAGAAAAAUCAUGUUAGAAGCCUAUGAAGAAGAAAAAGGUCAAGUUUAUUGGAAUAUGGGUCUACAGACGUUUAAAGAAGAUUAUGAAAAGAAUAAGGUUCUAGUGACAUUUGAGAAUAAUACAACAACAAGUGAAUUUGAUGUAUUAAUCGGUUGUGAUGGACUCAUGUCUGCAGUGAGAAGGGAAAUGUAUCUAGAUGAAGAUCAAAAUUGUUCACGUAAUGCAUACGGAGAAGGAUUUGGAUAUGGACAAGCUGAAUAUCUUGGUGUGGCCAUGAUUAACGGAAUAGCCGAUGUCACGAACAGUGACAGCUUACGAAAGUUAACAAAAGAUGCAGUAUUUCAAGUGUUGGAUGGCCACUCAAGAUUAUUCGUCAAACCCUUCAACAAAAAUCAAUCCAUGUGGUUACUGACCUAUCCAUUGAAAAUUGGAACUGCAGAAAUGGAAGAAUAUCAAAAUGUUAUUUUGACUUGUAAGGAGAAACUGAAAGAACAAGCACUUGCCAAAGUCACAAAAUGGUCCCACCCACUCCCUCUGUUCAUUAGCAAUACUCCUGUAGAGCUUAUUAGAGGAGGUUUGUUGCACCAAUCGAAGCAACUUGCACAUCUUCCUUCCAACAAAUUCAAAAUGACCACAAUAUGCGGAGAUGCCAUGCAUGCUAUGGCUCCAUUUAAAGGCCAAGGAUUCAACAAUGCUUUAUGCGAUGUUGACGAACUAGUUACACUUUUUGAAAAUCAUUUAAUUAAUGAUUCGACAUUUAGUUUCGCAUCCUUCAAUGCUAAAUUUGAGAAGGAAAUGGUGACAAGAUCCUACAAAGUUCAAACCAAAUCCAAAAGACUUGUAGAGUUCCUCCAUACAGCAGACGCCACUGACAAAACAAAACAUGAUCACUUCUACCAUGUGGAGCAGCAUCAAAAUUUGUAA